CCACUUAGCGCCAGUUCGCACAGAAUGCUGCUCGUGAUUGCAUUGCUUAUGGUUGGUGUCGUUGAUGCCAGGGGCUUCCCAGCGACAGUCCCAGUGGAAGAGCAAACCGACAAGCCGCCAAUAGUUUCCUAUGCAAAUUACAAGGUGUACCGGGUGGGCAUACACACGGCAAGUCACUUUCAAGUGAUCGAAUUUCUGCUGGCUGAUCCCGAGAUGUACAAUUUGUGGCGCAUGGGCAAGAACGAGGUGGACAUAAUGGUGAAUCCCAGGGUGCUGGACGAAUUCCACCACACAAUAACGCAGGAUACGUUUGAUGUGCGAUUGAUUGUGCCCGAUGUGCAGCUACUUAUAGAUGCAGAGCGUGCCAACAAAUCGCCCAACACUUGAGGAAAUAAAAACCAGUCCAAAACAAUUCAAAUAAAGUUUCACAAAAUGUAUU